GAGCCCCGCCGCCGCGCAGGAUGGUCCGCACACUGUGUGCCAUCGGUGCCCUGUUUCUCCUGAUGGGGUUACUGCUGCCAGCGGCCGAAGGGAGAAAGCGGAAUCGUGGAUCUCAGGGUGCUAUCCCUCCUCCUGUCAAGGAUCAGCCCAAUGAUUCGGAGCAGAUGCAGACACAGCAGCAGUCAGGCUCCAGGCACCGAGAGCGAGGGAAGGGCACCUCGAUGCCUGCCGAGGAGGUGCUGGAGUCCAGCCAGGAGGCGCUGCACAUCACCGAGCGCAAGUACCUGAAGCGGGACUGGUGCAAAACCCAGCCCCUCAAACAAACUAUCCACGAGGAGGGCUGCAACAGCCGCACCAUCAUCAACAGGUUCUGCUAUGGCCAGUGCAAUUCCUUCUACAUCCCCAGGCACGUCCGUAAAGAAGAAGGCUCCUUCCAGUCUUGUUCCUUCUGCAAGCCCAAGAAAUUUACCACUAUGACUGUUACACUCAAUUGCCCCGAGCUUCAGCCCCCAAGGAAGAAAAAAAGAAUCACCCGAGUUAAGGAGUGCCGGUGUAUAUCUAUUGACUUGGACUAAAUGAAGAAAAAGUAGCAAUUGCACUCUGACUGUAUGCAGUCACCGCCGUUGUGAGAGUGAGUGGCAUGAACUAGCCUACCUUCAAGGCUGGGAAAAGCUGAAAGGGACCUAGUGAAUUACCUAAAACAAGCAAAACCCCCCAAAAAGAAAGAAAAAAUUCAUGUAAGGAAAGGGUAUGCAUGUGUGUGUGUGUAAGGGAGAAAAUGGAGAUAUGGAUGAGCAAAUGCAUGAAUGUUCACUACAAAAACAAAACAACAAACCAAACCAACAAACAAAAACAGCAUUUGAGACAUUAAAAAACCCCUAAUUACCCAUAGUCAUGAAUUAGAUUUCCUAAUUCAUGUGUAUAUUCACAAUUUUGCCGCUUGCUGGAAAAGUGGAGCUGUGGCUUUUGCGAAUGUUCACCUUUGUGCUAUUUGCUUUUACUGUAUUACGUGAAACAUCAAAGCAAGAGGACAAUAUAUUUCAAAGCACGAAUCUAUUCUUAUAUAAGAAAUAGACAAAGAGCAAUUUAAAGUGUAGCACAGCAUCACUGAAAAUAGAAGCUGUGUUGAGAGUUUGUAACACGCUUCUUCAAAAAAAUAGCUGAAUCCAAAAUCCAUGUCUGGAGAACAAUGGGGGGAUGUGGGAGUGCUGAAAAGUCAAUAUAGGUGGAUGGGAAACAGAUCUACAGCAACUUAGAAAGCAGAAGGUCAAAGCAAGUAGACAGGGAGAAUACAAAAGGGAGUAGAAAAAGGAAAGGUACAUAAAUAGGAAAACACAGAGGAAGAGAUAUUGUCUUCUGUUUACGUUUUGCUUUAAUUUAUAUACCUAGUCAUAUAUUGCAUAAAUUAAAAAGAAACUAUAUACCAGCCUAUAAAUAUACUUCUGAAUUCUGAUGGCUCUCCAAACCAAACAGAACCCAUUCUUAUGCCACUAGAUCCAUUUGAUGUCUUUUAUUUCUGAUAUCAGUUAUUCUUCAUAUCUACAUAUAUAUGUAUAUGCAGUAUCUUUUAGGCAG